UGGACAUGGGUAAUUGACCAUGAUCAAGUGGGUAACCCGUAACUGGCUAAGUGCCUUUCUUACCUUUAUUUUUCGGCUUCCAUUUCCUGAAGCAACUCGAAGCUUUUCCUAAUUGUUUGAGCUACAGUUAAGGUUAGAUUGUUUCUCUUCAUCCAGUACUUUGAUUACCGAAUAUUGUUGCAUAAUCAGUUAGUUGUUAUUUAACUUUUUGAUUAAGAUUUUGUUGGGGUUCCUGAAUUGGGGUUUUUAAGAUUUUAUGAUUUUUCAUCUUUUUUUCCAGUGUAUAGGGUGAUGAUUCUUGAAAUUGGCCACUUUGUGAUUGAAUAAAUGAUGAGGUCUUUAGUUCAAUUUUGUAAUUUUUAGCAGACAGAAAGUGGGUUUUGAUUGAAUUGAGAAAUUGAGUUAAACCCUAAAAAAUUUAGUUCAAUCAUGGAGAAAUCGGGAGGUAAAACAAUGGAGAAGCAAUCAAGUUUUCGUAAGGUGAUGGAGAAGCAAGUUAGCUUCAAAAAUGUGGUGGAUAAACCUGAAAGUUCUGGAAAAACAAUGGAGAAAUUAGGUAGUUUUCGAGGUGCCGUACUGGAAAAACAAAAGAGUUUUCAGUUGAAAAUGGAGAGGCAAUUCAGCUUUGCUGGUAGUGAGAAGAAGAAGAGCAAAGAUUCCCCAGGGAAACGAGGCGACUCGCCUCUCCAUAUGUAUGCUAGAGCUGGUAAUUUGAGAAAAAUCAUAGAGAUUAUUCAGAAUUGUGAAAGUGAUGAUUGUAAAACUUUGCUUUGCAAGCAAAAUCAAGAAGGAGAAACUCCACUUUAUGUUGCUGCUGAAAAUGGGCAUGCUAUGGUAGUUGGAGAGUUUAUGAAAUAUUUGGAUUUGCACACUGCUUCAAUUGGAGCUAGGAGUGGUUAUGAUCCUUUUCAUAUUGCUGCAAGACAAGGUCAUAUUGAGGUUCUGAAGGAGCUUCUUCGUGCUUUCCCCAAUCUGGCUAUGACAACUGAUCCAUCUAACACAACAGCUCUACACACAGCCGCUACUCAAGGAAACAUUGAUGUUGUUAAUCUCCUUUUAGAAACCGACUCAAACCUUGCCAAAAUAGCCAGGAAUAAUGGUAAAACAGUCCUUCAUUCUGCAGCCAGAAUGGGACAUCUGGAAGUGGUCAAGGCACUCUUGGAGAAGGAUCCAAGUAUUGGUUUUAGAACUGAUAGAAAGGGUCAAACGGCACUUCAUAUGGCUGUUAAAGGGCAAAAUCAAGAUAUUGUAAUUGAAUUGCUUAGACCUGAUCCAUCCAUCUUGAGUUUGGAGGAUAACAAGGGUAAUACAGCAUUACACAUUGCAACAAAGAAAGGCCGCGCGCAGAAUGUCAGUUGCCUGCUACAGUUUGAUGGCAUAGGAAUCAAUGCAAUCAAUAAGGCGGGUGAGUCUGUACUUGAUAUUGCUGAAAAAGUUGGACCACCGGAGUUGGUUUCAGUUCUAAGAGAGGCGGGAGCACUCACUUCCAAGGAACUUGGAAAGCCUCCAAGCACAGAGAAGCAACUUAAGCAAACUGUGAGUGACAUUAAGCACAAUGUGAAGUCCCAGCUGCAACAAACCCAUCAAACGGAUGUGCGGGUCCAGAAGAUUGCAAAAAAGCUCAAGAAACUCCACACUAAUGGCCUGAACAAUGCAAUAAACAAUGCUACGGUGGUGGCUGUUCUCAUAGCAACUGUUGCUUUUGCUGCCAUCUUCCAAGUGCCUGGCCAAUACGUAGAGCAGAAAACGCCAGGGAAAUCUCUUGGACAAGCUCAAAUUGCCGAUAACAAGGCGUUCACUAUAUUCUUUGUGUUUGACAGUGCGGCAUUGUUCAUCUCCCUAGCUGUUGUUGUUGUCCAAACGUCUGUCGUUGUCAUCGAACAGAAGGCAAAAAAGCAGCUCAUGUUUGUGAUAAACAAAUUGAUGUGGGUGGCUUGUCUCUGCAUCUCUGUCGCCUUCAUUGCUCUCUCGUAUGUCGUGGUGGGUCCGCAUGGUAGGUGGCUUGCAAUAUGGGCAACAGUGAUUGGAGCCGUGAUUAUGAUACCGAUCAUCGGCUCCAUGUUCUAUUGUAUGAUUAUGCAUCGAUUGGAUGAAUCAAAAUCAAGAAGGAUAAAACGAGCUGAGAGCAAGUCGCAUUCCUAUUCCAUGUCGGCAGUUGCUUCGGAUCCAGAAUUCUUGAGCACCGAGUACAAGAGAAUGUAUGUACUUUGAGUAAUUAGAAGUUCAAAUCCUGAAAAUUUGAGCUGGUGUAUUUUUGUGUAUAAGUAUGAUGCAUAGUAAGUUGUAUUGAGCAGUGAUCCAUUUUCUUAAGCUUGACAAGAACGAAUUUAGGGCUGAAGAAACAGAGGAUCACAUUUCUAGCUGUAAUGUGAAAUAUAAUGCAAGUAAAACCACUGCUACCCAUCUCUAUGGAUAAUUUUUUUGGGAAA